UGCCUUCCUGGGGCCCAAAGACCUUUUCCCGUAUAAAGAAUAUAAAGAUAAGUUUGGGAAGUCGAACAAGCGAAAAGGAUUUAAUGAAGGCCUGUGGGAAAUAGAAAACAACCCUGGAGUAAAGUUUACUGGAUAUCAGGCAAUUCAGCAGCAGAGCUCAUCAGAAACUGAAGGAGAAGGAGGAAAUACAGCAGAUGCCAGCAGUGAGGAGGAAGGUGAUCGGGUAGAAGAGGAUGGAAAAGGAAAAAGAAAGAAUGAAAAAGCAGGCUCAAAACGGAAAAAAUCCUACACUUCAAAGAAAUCCUCCAAGCAGUCACGGAAAUCUCCUGGAGACGAAGAUGACAAGGACUGCAAAGAGGAAGAAAACAAGAGCAGCUCUGAUGCUGGGGACGCAGGCAAUGACACAAGAAACACUUCUUCAGAUUUGCAGAAAACCAGUGAAGGG